UAAUAACGCACCACUACGCCCCCGCACACGCGCACUGCUCCCUCCCUCUCUUCGCCGGGUGUCGGGGCCGCGCCCUGGUUCGUGGUGCCCGCGGGUGUCGGGAGUGCGCGGCUCCGGCCUGUCUGCUGGCGGUGAUAAGGGUGAAGAUGGCGCCGGGCGGAUGGAAAUCCUAAUGACAGUCUCCAGGAUCGCUUCUAUCUGUACCAUGGGCGCCAAUGCCUCGGCUUUAGAGAAAGAGAUUGGUCCGGAACAGUUUCCAGUGAACGAGCACUACUUUGGCUUGGUAAAUUUCGGGAACACCUGCUACUGCAACUCUGUCCUUCAGGCACUUUAUUUUUGCCGCCCUUUUCGGGAAAAAGUUCUUGCCUACAAAAGCCAACCAAGAAAGAAGGAGAAUCUCCUCACCUGCUUAGCCGAUCUCUUCCACAGUAUAGCCACGCAAAAGAAAAAAGUUGGAGUCAUUCCUCCAAAGAAGUUCAUUACCCGGUUACGGAAAGAAAAUGAGCUUUUUGACAACUACAUGCAACAGGACGCUCACGAAUUCUUGAACUACUUGCUCAACACAAUAGCCGAUAUAUUACAGGAGGAGAGAAAGCAGGAGAAGCAAAAUGGGCGGAUCCCCAACGGAAACAUUGAUAAUGAGAACAAUAACAGCACACCGGACCCCACCUGGGUACACGAGAUCUUUCAGGGAACGCUAACUAAUGAAACCAGGUGUCUUACGUGUGAGACGAUAAGCAGUAAAGAUGAAGAUUUUUUAGAUCUUUCCGUAGAUGUUGAACAAAAUACGUCAAUCACACACUGUUUAAGGGGUUUUAGCAACACGGAGACCCUCUGUAGUGAAUAUAAGUAUUACUGUGAAGAAUGUCGCAGUAAACAGGAAGCACAUAAAAGGAUGAAGGUAAAAAAGCUGCCUAUGAUUUUAGCUCUGCACCUAAAGAGGUUCAAAUACAUGGACCAGCUGCAUCGAUACACAAAGCUCUCGUACCGAGUAGUCUUUCCUUUAGAGCUUCGACUUUUUAAUACUUCGGGAGAUGCCACCAACCCAGAAAGAAUGUAUGACCUUGUGGCUGUGGUUGUCCACUGUGGAAGUGGCCCAAACAGAGGACAUUAUAUUGCAAUAGUGAAGAGUCAUGACUUCUGGCUGUUGUUUGAUGAUGACAUUGUAGAGAAAAUUGAUGCACAAGCGAUAGAAGAAUUCUACGGGUUAACAUCAGACAUCUCUAAAAACUCUGAAUCUGGGUAUAUCCUCUUCUACCAGUCUCGUGACUAAAUGAGAACUGUGAUAAGACAUACAUUCUGCCUCAUUCUUCUUCUUUGUACAGUUGGAACAAGGAGAAAGCACUGAUGACUAGAUAUGUAUAUAUACAUACACAUAUAUGGAUAGAUAUAUGUGUAUAGGCUACAUAUAUAUGUAUCUACAGAGAAGAGGAGAAAACACAUGGAGUACUGGGAGCUCAGGGGGGCAUUAGCGCAGUUUGCACACGCCGAAGCAAAAGAACACGGAUCAAGGAAACAAAAAGAAACUCCUAUCAUGAGAAUUGAUUUAUUUUCUCUCAGGAAUCGCGCUCACCAUACAGUUCCAUCACUACUACUGCUAAGCAAGAACAGAGGUGGUCUUCACCAUUGGGGGAUUGGACUUCCAGUCAUUGAUUCUUUACCUUUUGUCAUUUUUUUAGCUAGCUAUAAGCUACACAGGGAGUGUUCCUGAAAUUUUAAGCCAGAGCCUGUGCAUUUCCACAAUGUUCAUUCUACGCUACAAGAAAAGUGAAAAAACGUAAGCCGCUAUAAAAUAAAAAAAGAUGAAAAAAUAUAAAAUAUAUAUACAGGUCCUUCUAAAAAAAAUUAGCAUAU